GGCGGCCUCGCAGCAGGCGGCAGGGCGUCGGCGAACCUGCAGGCUAACUUGCGCAAGCAGUCGACCGAGGCAGCCGAGGUGGAGGCAUUCUUGACCGGCUUGAGCCUGGAGAGAUACGUUGGCCUCUUCAUGGAGCACGGCUUUGACUGCAUGGAUGUGGUUAAAGACAUGGAGGAAAGCCACAUGCGCGACAUAGGCAUGGCUCCAGGCCACGUCAUCAAGCUGAGGAAGAAGAUCGCCGAGACCGCUCCGGGAGAGCGGCGGCGGGUCAACUUCGGGGCCACGGAGGAGGCACCGGCCGCCGAGGUGCCCCUGAAGUCCUCGCUGAAGGCGCCCGCGAGGCAGAGCACGACCACUGCGGCGUGUACCGAGAGCCUGGCCCAGGGUGCCUUCGACGAGGACGAGUCUGCGGCCAGCUUCCAGGAGGCCCUCCGGGCCUGGCGCGAGGGCACGGAGCCCCGCCCAGGCCCCGGAGGCAGAGCCGAGGAGGCGCCCGCGGUGAAGGCGGCGGCCGCGGGCACGUCCUUCUGGGCCUCCAUGGGCGGCGGCGAGAUGGACCGCGUGCGAGCCCGACGCCUACACCCACGGCGUCAUCAUCGACGGCUACCGAGUC